AUGUACUUUCAUCCAUAUCUUCUGAACGAAUCAUCUACGAGGCCAACGAAAUAAUUAGAAGCAAGGAAGUUCGGGAUAUUUCGGGAGGCAUUGAGCUACGAGUGCGAAUUUACUUGGCGGUAGCACUUGUCCACGAUUCGCUAUUUCGACCGAGAUACCUGAUGGAAAUGGAAGUCAUCUGUAUUUCGUCUGAUGACGAAUCAGACUCGCAAAAGGAAAACAAAACGGGCCAAGUUCUAACGAAAUCUGUAGAGAUUAGUAACGGAGCUAUUGCUCAUGAAGAAACUGAAAGUUUACUCAAUGUUAAUGAGAAAAUUGAAGAGAAGAAUUUAAAACGAAAAAUAAUGUAUACAAAGGAAGAAAUAACUUGUACUAUAGAAAAAAGGAAAAAGUUAGAUGUUGAUCAGGAUAAGUUCAAAGUGGAAAGUAAACCUGAUACAUGUUCUAUAGAUGUUUUACCUGAAAUAAAUUUUGUUGAAUCUAAUUGUAAUAAACAGCCAAAUCAAGACCAGGAAGUAAAGACACAAUUGAUUGUGAAGGAAAAGAAAAAGAUAUCGUAUAUCUCACAUGACGUUUUUCCCCUAUUUAUAAGUUUAUGUCUGCAAAAAUGUCCAAAACAGGAUAAAUCGGAAAUGGCCAUUAUUGUUGAUAAGUUAAAAAGACGUUAUGAAAAUUUAGAUCCAAUUUAUGUUAGAUCAAAUAAUUUUGUUACAUUUUUGAAUGAGAAGCGCCAAGCUAUUACGAAUGACCACAAAAAAAUAUACAUGCACAUACAGGAAGUGAUGAAUGAGAUGAAAAAAAGAACUAAAAAGAAAUCUCAAACAUCACAAAUUAAUGAAAUCUAUGAUGCAGUUCCUUCUACAUCCUAUGCUACGAACAAUGUACCUAUUAAUCCAGUAGAAUCAGAUAAUGAUAGUGAGGAUGAUAACGAAGAGAACCCUGAAACAAGAAGAAAAGUUAAUAAAAUAUUACACGCUAUGAAAAGAUGUGACGCAAUUAUUAAGAAACUGGACGAAGAAGAAGUUGAUUUUAACGAGGAAAAUAAUAGUAAUUAUAUAAAAGUCGAAAGGUAUAAACAGAAAAUGACACAACUAUAUGAUAAACUUUGUGAGCUAACAGGAGAAAAUGGUGAUGCAGGACGUACAUAUUUACGUCCAAAACAUUUAAAUGUAACUCGGAUUGUUGCUGUGGAUCAAGCAAUAACGAAUUUUAUUAAUUGUAAAAUUACUCAACGAAAUUGGUUGAAAAAAAAAGGAAGUCUUACAGAUAAUUUAAUAUUCCCUGAUUACAGUGAUAUCUUGGAAUGUGUCAAUAGAUGUAAUGAAAAAAGCAAUUUAGGUUUAAAAACAAAAAAGCGAGAACAAAUGGCAGAGAAAGCUUUCAAAGAACUUGGAGAAUACUUGCAACGCUCAAGGCGUAAUGAUUAUUGGGAUACUUUUUCUUUGUAUCUUGAAAAUUCAGAAGAUCCAGCUACAAAAGAUAAAGAUUUAGCGAAAAAACUUGCUGAUAAUCGUACCGAGGGUGAAAAACGAUUAGCUGCAGUAUUUGAUAAAUAUACAAAAAAACAAAUAGAACUAAGAGACCAAAAUAAUGAAGAAAUAGUUUCGGAAGAAGAAGAGGAGGAAGAUGAAGAUGAAGAUGAAGAUGAAGAAAUAGAAAUAGAAAUAGAAAGUAUUACAUAUGAGGAUAAGAGUGAUGAUAUCCUGUCUGUAUCAAGUGAGGAGGACAAUGAAAAGGAAGAAAACGCAAAUAAAACAGUUAAAGUAAAUAAAUUAUCUGUGGAAAAGAAUAAAUCCAAUAUAAAUGUGAUAAAUAUACGUCGUGCUAUGGAUAUUUCAAAUAAAACCAUAGCAGAUACUUCACCACAAAAAUGUAACAAAACAGUUGAAAUGAAAGUUGAAAAAGAGAAUAAUAUGACAGUAUCAAAUAAGAAUAACACAAUUAGUGACAAAAUAGUUCACAAACCAUGCAGUAGCAGCACUAUUCCAAGAAACACAACAGAUUUGGAUAAAUCAUGUAGCAACACCAUUCCAAGGAAUGUUGUGACAGACGUAGUUAAACCGUGCAGUAGUAAUACUAGUCCAAGGAAGGUGACAGAUAUGGAUAAAUCAUACAGUAGCAACACUAUUCCAAGGAACGUUGUGACAAAUAAUGUGGAUAAACCAUGCAGUAGCAGUACUAUUCCAAGGAACGUUGUGACAGAUAUAGACAAACCAUGUAGUAGCAACACUAUUCCAAGGAACGUUGUGACAAAUAAUGUGGAUAAACCAUGCAGUAGCAGUACUAUUCUAAGGAAUGUUGUGACAUAUGUGGAUAAACCAUGCAGUAGUAACACUAUUCCAAGGAAUGUUGUGACAGAUGUAGAUAAACCAUGCAGUAGCAGUACUAUUCCAAGGAAUAUUGUGACACAUAUGGAUACCAUUAACAAGAAGAUAGUUCAUAAACCAUGUAGCAGUAGCAGCACUAUCCCAAGGAACAAUGUGAAAAAUGUUGUGGAUACUACUAGCGAGAAGGUUCAUGAAUCAUGCAGUAGCAACAAUAUCCCAAGGAACAAUGUGGAAAAUAUGGAUACUACUAGCGAGAAGGUUCAUAAAUCAUGCAGUGGCAACAUUACUUCAAGGAACCCCACGAACAAUGUGAAAAAUGUUGUGGACAACAAAAGGCAAGAGGAUUCGCUACCAGCGACUUCUACAUCAAACUACACAAAGGAUCUAGCAGAGGCCAAAGUGAAAGAUGAAUCCAAAGUUAUAACAGAUCCUGCAACAAAGAAGGAUGUGGUAGCUAUGGUAACCCGCAUGGAAAACACAGCAGUAGUAAUAAAAAAUGUUAUGGAUGAAGCAACCGAGAAUAUGCCAAACAAUGAGCAACCGAAAGAGGAAAAGAAACCUCUAUUGCGAGUGCGUUCAUUCGCUAAAUCUCCCAGGACUUGGCAGGAUAACCAAUAUAAAACAGACAAGACUGCCCCAAAAAAUGCGCCAAAGGUAACAAAUCAAAUUAAAGAAAUUGUUGAUUUGACUAAUGAAGGAACAGUUAAACCGGUUGCUACCAAGUGCGCAGUACAACUCGGAAACAAAAUAGUUCCCAUAGUGAAACGUCACACAGUGUUUCUACCAUCAAAAAGUAAUAUAAUUAACGUCAAAAAUAUUACGAAUAAUUAUCUAAAGGUAAAUACGCGAACAGGCCAAAUUAUAGCACCUGUGCAUGAUAUUCGCACAAGAGGUACAAUAAUUCGACUGCCAGCUCAAACUACCAGUCAGAGUCAACUGCAAAACACGAAUGUAACAAACGAAGUAUCUUUGAAAGGAAAAACGGUUUUAAAAAUUGUACCUACGAAAUCGAUUAUCUUGCCUAAGCCAUCCGCAGUGCAAUCCGUCUCCAAGCAAGCGGGUGUGAGUUCAUCGACAACACAAUCCAAAUGACUCAAAUAUAUAGUAAGGGCCGUUCUUCUCGAUCAUUGUUAUACAAAAGCGACAGCGAUUCGAUCAGUUUAUCAAGAUUAAUGUUUUUAAAUUUACAUUUAAUGUGUAUACUGAAUAUUUAUAGUUUAUA